AAAGAUAUCAAAUAUCAAAUAUUCAAUCUAGAGGUUCACCCUAAGAAUUUCUCAUUAGCUACAAACCAAAUUGAAAACAUUUUCUUAUAUAUUUCUAAGUAAUAUAGUAAUUAUUGUCGGUUUGAUAUGUUAGUAUUUUAUACAAAGGCGAAAAUCUAAGAACAAACAAUUAAAGUUAACUAAUCAUUACACACGCUAUCUCAAAGUCGACUGACUUUAAUAUAACAAUGACCACGGUCAGAUUCACAAUGUAUAUUUAACCGUUCUCAUUAUCCAACAUGAUUCAUCCAAUUUACACUUUUUUCACAAAUAAAAACUCCCCCUUUGCUUCCCGUUAUUUAUAUACUCUCUUGAUCAUACAGAAAUGAAUAGAAAAUACUUGGAUCGAAGAUCAUAUUCAUGGUCUGGACAAUCAAGACCAUACAUAUGCGAUUUUUGCGAGAGAGGUUUCUCCAACGCACAAGCUUUAGGAGGGCACAUGAACAUCCACAGAAAAGAUAGGGCAAAACUGCGGGAAGCGAACUUAAAGGAAGAUAAUCCUGAAGACUCCAUAUGCACCAAUUCAAGAACCAGGUUCGAGCAAGUUCCGAUUGAAUUGCCUUUCUUCGUUGACACGGUAAGUCCUACAAGAAAAGAAAACAAUAGUAAAAGUGGAAACUAUUUGGGAGAUGAAGAAGAGAAGAAGAUGAGGUCGUUAUUUCAAAAAGCUUUGUCCAAAAGUGCAGAAGUGAUAGACCUUGAGCUUCGUCUAGGAUUAGAUCCUUAUAAGAAAUCACCAAGUAAGUAGUUAUGUGAAUAUAUAGUUUAGUCACCAAAAUAUAUAUAUGUAAUAUGUGGAUAUUUUUUUGUUCGUUUGAUUUGAUUAGUUGUUGAUUUGUUAAUAUUGCACUAAAAUUCUAACUUUGUAUGUACGUAACGGUAUAUGGUUUUGAUGCGUUUUGUAAAAUACUAUAUGAUUAACUAAGGCUUAAGCAUUUUGUUUUAAAUUCUGAAACACAAAUUCAAGAUACUAAGCAAAUAUGCUUUUUUUUUUUGCAUAUAACAAUUUUCACUAACGAUUGGACCUUAAGUUAAAUGUACUAUAUAGCAUUUAACAAAAUAUUAGAGCCUAGCAAGUAUGUUGAUCGAAAAAUAUAGCAAACGUGACGCUACCAUACAUAGUUUUUUUUAACUCUGCCUUCUCAAGAGGGACCUCCAUUUUUGGUCGAUGAGAAUGUAGUUGGAGCUGAAGGUGGUAGUAGUUUAUUGAUGAUAAUGGAGUAUUCACAGGACUAGAGUCAAUAGAUGCAUAUUCCCGAAAAAAAACUAAAGAGGAUGGUUAAUAAAACUGAGUCAA